UGUUCGCGGGAGGGAGGGGAAGGCCCAGGGAACCAAGCAGCGCUGCCGCUGCCGCCGCCGCCGCUGCAGCCGGAGUUGGAGGAGGGAGAAGCUAGGAAGAAAAUGGCGGCCGUGGCUGCAGAGGCGGCAGCGACUGCAGCGUCCCCCGGGGAGGGGGGCGCCGGCGAGGCCGAGCCGGAGAUGGAGCCCAUCCCCGGCAGUGAGGCCGGCACUGACCCCCUCCCGGUCACGGCCACUGAAGCGUCUGUGCCGGAUGGCGAGACUGACGGGCAGCAAUCCGCUCCUCAGGCCGACGAGCCGCCACUCCCGCCGCCACCGCCGCCGCCGGGGGAGCUCGCCCGCAGCCCAGAAGCGGUGGGGCCGGAGCUGGAGGCUGAGGAGAAACUGUCCGUUCGGGUGGCGGAGUCGGCGGCAGCCGCGCCUCAGGGAGGGCCCGAACUUCCACCUUCUCCUGCAUCGCCGCCGGAGCAGCCCCCGGCUCCCGAGGAGCGCGAGGAGCCGCCGCUGCCUCAGCCCGUAGCCCCGGCGCUCGUGCCGCCGGCGGGCGGGGACUCCACGGUGUCGCAACUGAUCCCGGGCUCGGAGGUGCGGGUCACGCUGGACCACAUCAUUGAGGACGCGCUUGUCGUGUCGUUCCGCUUCGGGGAGAAGCUCUUCUCCGGGGUCCUCAUGGAUCUGUCCAAAAGGUUUGGGCCCCAUGGUAUCCCUGUGACAGUAUUUCCCAAAAGGGAAUAUAAGGAUAAACCAGAAGCCAUGCCGCUCCAAAGUAAUACAUUCCAAGAAGGGACAGAAGUCAAGUGUGAAGCAAAUGGUGCUGUUCCCGAUGACCCUUCUCCUGUCCCGCAUCCCGAGCUGAGCUUGGCUGAAAGCCUGUGGACUUCCAAACCACCACCUCUCUUCCAUGAAGGAGCACCUUAUCCUCCCCCUUUGUUUAUCAGGGACACAUAUAACCAAUCAAUACCUCAGCCACCUCCUCGGAAAAUUAAGCGACCCAAACGAAAAAUGUACAGGGAAGAACCCACUUCAAUAAUGAAUGCUAUUAAACUACGACCCAGGCAAGUUCUGUGUGAUAAAUGUAAAAACAGUGUUGUUGCUGAAAAAAAGGAAAUUAGAAAAGGUAGUAGUGCAAGUGACUCUUCUAAAUAUGAAGAUAAAAAACGGAGAAAUGAAAGUGUAACUACUGUGAACAAAAAACUGAAAACUGACCAUAAAGUGGAUGGGAAAAACCAAAAUGAAAGCCAGAAAAGAAAUGCUGUGGUUAAGGUUUCAAAUAUUGCUCACAGCAGAGGCAGAGUAGUAAAAGUUUCUGCUCAGGCAAAUACAUCAAAAGCUCAGUUAAGUACUAAAAAAGUUCUCCAGAGUAAGAACAUGGAUCAUGCGAAAGCUCGGGAAGUGUUAAAAAUUGCCAAAGAAAAGGCACAAAAGAAGCAAAAUGAAACCUCUACUUCCAAAAAUGCACAUUCAAAAGUCCAUUUCACACGUCGAUAUCAGAAUCCUAGCUCAGGUUCCCUUCCACCCCGGGUUCGUUUAAAACCACAGAGGUACAGGAAUGAAGAAAAUGACUCUUCUCUGAAGACAGGACUUGAGAAAAUGCGGAGUGGCAAGAUGGCACCCAAGCCCCAGUCUCGCUGCACCUCUACCCGCUCAGCAGGUGAGGCCCCUUCAGAAAAUCAGAGUCCCUCAAAAGGCCCUGAAGAGGCCAGCAGUGAGGUUCAGGACACAAAUGAAGUGCAUGUGCCUGGUGAUCAGGAUGAACCACAGACAUUGGGCAAAAAGGGCAGCAAAAACAAUAUCUCUGUUUACAUGACCCUAAAUCAAAAGAAAUCUGACUCUUCCAGUGCUUCAGUGUGUAGCAUUGAUAGCACAGAUGAUUUGAAAUCUUCCAACUCUGAGUGUAGUUCUUCUGAAAGCUUUGAUUUUCCUCCAGGCAGUAUGCAUGCACCUUCCACCUCCUCCACUUCCUCCUCUUCAAAGGAAGAGAAAAAGCUCAGUAAUUCCUUGAAAAUGAAAGUCUUUUCCAAAAAUGUCUCUAAAUGCGUCACACCAGAUGGCAGGACCAUAUGUGUAGGGGACAUUGUUUGGGCCAAGAUAUAUGGCUUCCCUUGGUGGCCAGCCCGUAUUCUUACUAUAACUGUGAGCCGGAAAGAUAACGGCCUUUUAGUCCGACAGGAGGCCCGUAUUUCAUGGUUUGGGUCUCCAACAACAUCUUUCCUUGCUCUUUCACAACUCUCCCCCUUUUUAGAAAACUUCCAGUCACGCUUUAAUAAGAAGAGAAAGGGCCUGUAUCGCAAGGCUAUCACAGAGGCAGCUAAGGCUGCCAAGCAGCUGACCCCCGAAGUGCGGGCUUUGUUGACACAGUUUGAAACGUGAACAUGGGCAGUAAGGUAGGCAAGACCAUUGGAAGUCACCACAGAUUUUCUAGUCUAGUUAGGAAUAAUUUCUACAAAAUAGCGUGGCCAGAUUGGAGGGAGAAGUUGCACUCAGUUGGCUGGCUUUUUAAUACUUACCUUAUAGCCAUUUUUAGACUGAGAGCUUAAACUGAACAUAUAAUCAAAUUUUGUGUUAAGGAAGUGAGAUUUUAGCAGUAUUUUUCAGUUUUGAAGUUCGAAACCAUCCCAAGGCAUAGGAGCCAUAGCCUCAACUGAAAUUGAAUUUUUGUAGGGACUGUUAAUUGCCAUUUGUACCUAAUACUGUAUAUAUACAUAUAUAUAUGUGUGUGUAUAUAUAUAUAUCCGUGUAUGUAUAUAUACACACAUAUAUAUGUAUAUAUACACAUAUAUAUAUAUGAAAUAUAGCCUGUCACUGUGUGACACAGAUUGCAUAUUUGGGAUUGCAAUAAGGGCUUGGUGAGCUGGGGGAAUAGUGGAUAUUUAAUGACUACUUGUUUUUUAAAUAAUGAACACUUAGCCUUUCUAUGCGCAUAAUGGUGUAAAAGUUAGAUGGUUAGGUGUUUGACAAACAGAUGGUUGCAAUUCAGUUACAGACUGGGGAAAUAGCCCAGUGUUUGGGAUUAAAACUGUCAAGACUGGAUAGGUGUUAGUCAUCACUGUCUUUCGUCCAGUGGGGAUUUAAUAAAUACUUUCAAGCUUCUGGUUUGGGAGUUUAGAUAGGUUUGAUUUUGGAUUUGUAAAUAGUGAUUGCUAAAUUUGGUCAGAUUUCUCCUGACUGGCUGUUCCUAAAUUCUUAGGAUAUGUCCCAGUAAAAUUAUACUUUGUGAAUUAAUUGUCAUAUGUGUAAUUGUUGCAUUUUGGAUGUACCUAAUUUGAUAAUUAAAACAAAAUAAUUUCCGUUUAAGGUAUCUGUUUGCAGGUCAGAAAAUGAGAAAAUGUAAUUGUGUAAUGCUCUGAAAUGUAAAAAAAAAAAAAAAAAACCAAAAAAAAGCUGUAAAUAAAAUCAACUAAAUCCAAA